GGACUGUGGGUGAGGUUCACUUGGAUCCCUUCCACUAGAGCAAAAAUUGUUUAAAGAAGCAAGACGGAAAGUUCUGGAGCUCUAACAGUGCUAAAACACUUAGUGAGCACAGCAGGAAGAAGGAAGAAUAUUCAUCCAUUUAAGAACCAUUAGGGAUUUCUUUUAACACGGAAACAAACUGGAACUGAAGCCACAUGGAUUGAUCUUUUUUCUUACUUUCAGUGUUCAGACUGUGUCAGUGGGUUUUACUCAGCAGGAGUGCUGCAGAAAAGGAGAAAGAGUGAAGUUUUUACUGCAUCAGUUUCAGCGGUGAUUUGUUGAUGGAAGUUCGAGUGAUGUUGGGCAGAGUGGUUCCUGUCCUGCUCCUGUCUUUCUAUCUGACUUUGGGUUCAGUCCAGAGCCAGGGUUCCUCUCAGGAUGCCUUUAUCAUCCAGUACCUGGAGAGGAGACUGUCUCAGAUAGAGGAGCGUCUGAGUCAAUGUGAGCAAAAGACAGUGAGCGUUACCCAGAAGACCUAUGACCUCUCCUCUGAAGUCAGAGGUUACCUGUCCACUCUCAAUGUUCUGAGGUCAGAAGUGAGGAGCCAGGUGGACAGCGUAUGCGUGCGUGUAGACAGGGUGGAGAGAGAGCUGGAAUAUCUUGAAAACAAGAUUCCCACUCAGACUGACAUUGAGAUGGAAGAGGCGCUGCUGGAACAACAGAUAAAGGCUGCAGAGCUGGACCAGCUGAAAAAGAGAGCCACGAUCAAAGUGGAGAAUGACUGCAGCACAGCUUUGAAUCAAAUCAAGUCUCUCAAGAUCGUGAAGAGGACAGGAGACCCUUAUGGUUCCUGGUUCAGGGACCCAACUGAAGGAUCAGAAAAGGUCUACCUGCUCAGUGGAAUUCGAAACGACACUCUGCUGGAGUACGUUUCUCUGCACAGUUUCACUGAGAGGACCACCAAACCACCAGCCAGGGUCGUGCAGCUGCCCUUCUCCUGGCAGGGAACAGGUCAUGUGGUCUACAGCGGAUUCCUCUACUACCACAAGGCAGACACUCCCAACCAGAUAUUGAAGGUAGACCUGUUGAAUGGUACAGUGGUUGAUAGCACACUGCUCCCAGGAGCAGGCCGACUACCAGUCUACAGUCUGAACCCUAACACCUACCUGGACCUGGCUGUGGAUGAGCUAGGCCUCUGGGUCAUCCACGCUGACCCCGAGUAUGGAGAAAACCUGGUCAUCACCAAACUGGACAAAGUAAGUUUGGCAGUGGAGUAUACCUGGGAUACACAGUGUAGAAGCCGUGAUGCAGAGGGAGCCUUCCUAAUAUGUGGGACCCUCUAUGUGGUCUACAACACACGUUAUGGAGGUCGCUCCACCAUACAGUGUCUCUACGACAUCCAUGACACCAUCCACAGUGGUGAGAGUCCUGUAAUGUUCUUCCCAAAGCGUUACACCAGCCACAGCAGCAUUCACUACCACCCUGGAGAAAAACAGCUGUACACCUGGGACGACGGCUACCAGACGAUAUACAAAGUGGAGACACGCAGAAAUGACCAAAUCCCUGCAGAAUGAGGAUGAUCUGCAGUGUUCAUCCUUUUAAAAUGUGUGUUAUCUCUUCAAAAAUAAUAAAAAUUAUGCAAAAACAGCACUUAUAGAAACAUCAGUUAAGGAAACUUAUUGAUAAGCAGCUUAGAUUCAACUGUUGCUCAGUACAGUGAUCCUUUGCUGGCAAUGGAUGCUACCUUUAUCACUAUUAAUCUUACAGACAUAAAGAUCAUGUCCAAGCAAAGGCUUUUUAUACAUUAUGUAGGCUUUACUUUGUAUUACCACAAUAAAAAACAUUAAUGUGU